CUUAUCGUUCAAUAUCUAUAUUCUAUGGUUUCCUUAUGCGGUAAAUUAUGGUUUAAAACAAAAUCCCACAAUUCUGAUCGCCGGCGAAAAUCUGGAAGACGACCAUGGGAGGACGAAGGGGAUCGAAGAAAUCGGAGGGCGGAGAGGUCGCCGCCAGUCAUUCGUCGGAGAAUCGAAGUUGCGUGGUUGAAGAUUCGGGGUUCUCGACGCAGAAGAGAUUUGAGCAGGGAUCAUCUUCUUCUCCGGAUCGAGAGCGAGGUGAGAGAAGCGUGAAAUCAAAAGAUAAUGGAAUUGAAGCUGCUCUGAGGAGGUUGGAACAGCUCAGAAUCGAGGGCGAAGAGCCGCAGAUUUCGAGGGAGGAGAUAAGCUUCAACGAUCAGCGGCAGGAGGACGAGAUGCUAGCAUUGGAGGCAAUAUAUGGAGACAGUGUUGUAACUCUUGAUAGAAUGGAUGGCCUACGAUUGUUUCAGAUCCUGAUUCAUUAUGAAAUAUCUGAAGAUUAUACUGUCUCUGCAAUGCUCAAAGGAAAAGGUGACGACAAUUUAGCAGAAGAUGAUUCCGAUGGCUUUUUGUACACAUUCAAAGUUCAGCAUCUACCCCCACUCGUACUGACUUGUUUGCUGCCUCUUUCAUAUCCCAGCCAUCAUGCCCCCUAUUACACGGUAUAUUCUCAAUGGUUAGACUCGACAAAGAUUUGCAGUAUAUGUUGCAUCAUGGACACUAUUCUGAUGGAACAAGAGGGGAAUGAGGUUCUAUACCAAUGGGUUGAAUGGCUGAAAAAUUCUUCCCUUUCACACAUUGGAUUUGGGGAUGGAGUUAUGCUUCGCAAAUGUGAUGGGUUCGAGAAGAGAGAAAUUCGUGCAAUAUCAAGAAGUAUUUCGCUGGACCAUGUCAUUGCUUCCAUGAUUGGCUACAACGAUGAGAAAAGAAGGGAAGCAUUUCUCAACAAUUUGCAGCUGUGUGUAAUCUGUUUUAACGAGGAUGCAGGAACCAACUUUGUUAGACUUCCUUGUCAGCACUUCUUUUGUUUCAAGUGCAUGGAAACUUAUUCUAGGAUGCAUGUAGAAGAACGAACUGUAACUAAGUUACUCUGCCCCGAUACAAAAUGCGGCGGUCUUGUUCCUCCUAGCUUACUAGAAAGGCUGCUCGAUGACGAAACGUAUAAGCUGUGGGAAGAGUUGAUACUACAGAAAACAUUGGACUCUAUGACAGAUGUUGUCUAUUGUCCACGAUGUGAAACAGCAUGCUUGGAAGAUGAGGAUAAUCAUGCCCAAUGUUCAAAGUGUCUCUUCAGUUUUUGUUCUCUUUGCAGAGAAAGACGGCAUUUAGGGGUAAAAUGUAUGGAUCCACAGACAAAGCUUCUAAUUUUGCAGGAACGCCAAAGUUCAUCUAAAAUAAAUGAUAACCAGAGGAAGAAAGAGCUUGAGAAGAUAAAUGAAAUGCUUAGUACCAGGGAAGCACUUCGCGAUGCCAGGCAAUGCCCAUCCUGUAAAAUGGCCAUAUCACGCACUGGAGGUUGCAACAAGAUGGUUUGUACGAAUUGUGGAAGUUACUUCUGCUACAAUUGUUGCAAGAUCAUUGACGGAUAUGAUCAUUUCAAGGAUGCGUGCCAGCUUUUCCCAAAUGAAGAGAUAUCGACCUGGGAAGAGCAUAUGAAUCCGCGGCAAAUUAUAGGGCAGAUACAAGCUGAACUGCAUCCUGAUGCCGCCAACUUGUGUCCAAAUUGUGGCCAAAUUAAUGCAAAGGUAGGGAAAAACAACCACAUCUUUUGUUGGGCGUGCCAAAAACACUACUGUGCUUUGUGUAGGCAGAUUGUUAGACGUACAUCCGAACACUAUGGUCCCAAAGGCUGCAAACAACACUCUGCCUAAUAUAUCAAAAUGUAG